CUCUAGAUCCUCCUCUCUCUCACACUUUAUAUACUCACUCGCUCCACUGCUAGCAUAGCUCGUGCUGGAACGGGCCGCUCAUCCCAAGAAACCCUCCUUUAAGUACGCCGCACUUCAGCUAGCUAGCUCGCUCUCCUCGAUCGGGGCUAGGAUGGCGUCGCAGUGGGAAAUGGCCAUGGGCGUGGAGCUCGGCAUGGGGCUGGGCGGCUACCACGACGUCACCGGCGCCGGAGCACCGAUGACCCACCACGCCGCUGGCACCUACUCCGCGGCUGCUCACCAUUUCUACGGGAUGCAGCCGAUGGGCGACCACGCCGGCAUGCGCGUGGACGAGCUCCUCGACCUCGCCAGCGCCGGCGCCCACGACUUCUUCCCCGUGGCCGCCGACAACGGGAACCAAUACCACCACCUCGGCGGCGCCGGUGUGGGCACGGGGGAGCCGUCGGCCGCCACCACUCCGUCCGCCACGUCGUCCGAUCACCAGACGUCCAUGCUCUCGUUCGCCGACGAGUUUUACAUCCCCAGAGAGGAAGCGGCGGAGCUGGAAUGGCUAUCGAAGUUCGUGGACGACUCCUACUCGGACAUGCCGAACUACUGCUCGGCCUCGCACGCGGCAAUGGCGGCAGCAGCAGCGAACGCGGCCAGCAACGGCUGCUCGGGCGGCCAGGACAGCUGCGUCACGGCGGCGCCAGGCCGCGGCGCGCGAAGCAAGCGGUCGCGCGCGGGCGCCGCGGCCGCGAACGCGUGGCACUCCCUGGUGCCGUCGCAGCCCUCGCCGUCGUCGUCGUCCUGCUCGUCGUCCGACUUCCCGUCCUCGGCGCACGCGCGGCCCAGCAACGGCGGCUCCAACGGCGGUAAUCGCAACAGGAAGCAGGGCCCCAGCAUGGCCGGCGGGGAGGUGGGGCUGGUGGAGGGCGGCGUGAGGCGGUGCACGCACUGCGCGUCGGAGAAGACGCCGCAGUGGCGGACGGGCCCGCUGGGUCCCAAGACGCUGUGCAACGCGUGCGGGGUGCGGUUCAAGUCCGGGCGGCUGGUGCCCGAGUACCGGCCGGCGGCCAGCCCCACGUUCCUGCUGACGCAGCACUCCAACUCCCACCGCAAGGUCAUGGAGCUGCGCCGGCAGAAGGAGAUGGUCCUGAUCCGCGGCAGCCACCACCGCGUCGUCGACCCCGCCGGCGCGGGGGGCGGGGUGGACGUGAAGCCGGAGCUCAGCAUGUUCCGGGACUACGGCAUCUGUUAGUUAAUUAAGCUGGAUGAACGGGUGGAGCUAGCCAUGCGUAGAUCGCACGUACGCAACGCAACGCAGCGUAGCUAGCUAGAUCCUUUUGCGAAAUUCUCCAGGCUCCUUUUCUUGGCUUCGUUUUUAUCGAGAUAUUUUGUGCAUCUUUUUGUUAAUUAAUUUGUCGGUACCUACUACCUCCCUUCUAAGCUCUCUGCUGCUAGAGAGCUAGCUCAA